CAUUCUUGUUCCGUCAGUUGGUUGAAUAGGACGUUUCUUGCAGCAAAGCUGUUCCUCACCGUGUUUCAAAUACAGGUUUCCGUGUGAAUAUCCGUGCAGUGAAUAACUACCGAGUGUCCGGCAGAAAGCCCACAAAAACGUGAUCCCAACAGCGGCUUCCGUUCGUCGAACGAAAUCGUGCGUGGAAAAGUGCCCGUUUUCCUUCGAUUACGCGCGUAUUUUACAUGCCUACACCCGUACACCGUUUCAUACACUCACACCUAUAACUGCUGUUAGCACAACAUUUCUUCUCGGAAAGGACGAGCUUCUCCUGAGCCGGAAAAAAAAAACGCGGGUGCAAAUCUCGUGGGUGUGCAAACUGUGCGGUGUCGUGUCGUGGCAUAAAGUUUCCGGUCGUUGCGCGAGUUUGGAUACCGGAAUUACUACUGUGCACGCAUACAACACGUUAAUCUCGUGCUCCUCUCAUCGCUUCAAUAUCCUCAGUCUUCCGUGAGUACACUACUGUCGCAGUGUAGUUUCACAGUAGUCUCAAGAAUCUUGAACAAAGUGAGUGUUUCGAUAUAGUUUGCAGUGUAGUGCUUGUGGAGCUGCAAUUGUGUAUCAAGUGUACAAGUACAGUAUCUAGUACAUCAGACUGUUGAACUCAGUGUUACACGGUGCGUUCUGUCAGGUGUGGAAAGACCUAUCAAACUUUUUUCAAAACUAUUUGUGCCAGUAAAGCUUGUGUGAUUUUAAGUACAGUAAGAUCUCGGUGUAUAGUGCGGUUAGCUGUGCAACGUUAGCGUGACGCUCGAGUGAAAUCUUCCGCCGAUCACCGUUCGAACCUAUUUCACCCUAACCUUGCCGUUUAGAAUGGCCCCACCCAACAAUGAAUGUACGUAUGAAGUAAUCAACAAUGUCGCCGCCUCGGAGGAGCUGGCCCAACGUGCUACCGAAAACGACGAGAUGCCCAAGAUGCAGAUGGCAUGGGAGACUCCGGCCGCCCAGGGGCUUUACGAUCCACAGAACGAGCACGAGGCCUGUGGUGUUGGUUUCAUCGUGUCGAUCGAAGGCAAGCCGAACCAUAAGAUCCUGCGCGAUGCUCAAACGCUUGCCAUACGCAUGAACCAUCGUGGUGCGUGCGCCUGUGAUAACGAUACCGGCGAUGGUGCAGGUGUCUGCACUUCGAUUCCGCAUCAGCUGUAUGCCAAGGAGCUGGCUUCCCAUGGCAUUGAGCUUCCCGCCUUUGGUCGUUACGCCACAGGCAUCUUUUAUCUGGAUAAGACAUCGCACGAGGAGGCAGAGAAGGAGUUUAACUCGCUGGCUGAAAGCCUCGGAAUUCAGGUGCUGUACUGGCGCGAUGUUCCCACCAACCAGGAGGCGGUCGGUGCAGUCGCUCGCAAAAGUGAACCCCUAUCCCGCCAGGUGUUCGUGACUGCCGACGUCGACGAGGAAACGUUCAAGCGACAGGUAUUCAUUUUGCGCAAGCGUGCCACGCACGAGCUGCAGCGUCCGGGGCGUCGCUUCUACAUCUGCUCACUCGCACCGAAAACGAUCGUCUACAAAGGUCUGUUUACCUCGGACCAGCUGUGGGAGUACUACGUUGAUUUGAAGAAUCCCGAUUUUCUCACCUAUCUGGCGCUGGUACACACGCGCUUCAGUACCAACACGUUCCCGUCCUGGGAGCGGGCUCAUCCGUUGCGUGUGUUGGCUCACAAUGGCGAAAUCAAUACGCUCCGUGGCAAUGUGAACCUUAUGAAGGCUCGCGAAGGUGUAAUGAAGAGCGAACAGUACGGGGACGAGCUGAAGAAGCUGUAUCCGGUAGUCGAGCCAAACCUUUCCGACUCCGGUUCGUGUGACUGCGUGCUUGAGUUUUUGACCCAAGUUGGAAAUCGAUCGCUGCCGGAAGCCGUUAUGACGAUGGUACCGGAAGCGUGGCAGAACGAUCGUACCAUGUCGCAGGAAAAGCGUGAUUUCUACCAUUGGUCCGCAUGCGUGAUGGAACCGUGGGACGGUCCGGCACUGAUUUCGUUCACCGAUGGGCGCUACAUUGGUGCCAUCCUCGACCGUAACGGGUUGCGUCCGUCCCGCUUCUACGUGACCCGGGACAACCUGCUCAUCAUGGCAUCGGAAGUCGGCGUUUACGACGUAGAUCCCAAAGAUGUUACUCUAAAGAGCCGCCUGAAGCCGGGUCGUAUGCUGCUGGUGGACACGGAGCAAAAGUCGCUGAUUCAGGACAUCGAACUGAAAUCGGAAAUUGCCAAAUCCCGACCGCAUACCGAAUGGCUGAAGCAACAGAUGAUUACCAUGGAUGAGAUUCGUGAAGCAGCCGCACUCUCCAACGGCACGGUUCAAACGAUUGCCAACGGUGACAACGAUCAGCUUGCAGCAAAGAAGGGCAUUCUGGAUCCACGCCUGCAGCUGUACGGCUACACGACGGAAACGAUCCACAUGCUGUUGCUGCCGAUGAUCAAGAACAAGAAGGAAGCGUUGGGCUCCAUGGGUAACGAUGCGCCGCUGGCCUGUCUGUCGGCAUUCCAACCGUUGCCGUACGAAUAUUUCAAGCAGCUGUUUGCACAAGUCACCAACCCACCGAUUGAUCCAUUCCGUGAAAAAAUCAUCAUGUCGCUACAGUGCCCGGUCGGGCCGGAGGCAAACCUACUGGUGGCCUCACCCUCGCAGGUACAUCGCAUCUGGUUGGAUAAUCCGAUCCUAAGCAUUCCAGAUGCUGAAGUUCUGAAACGGAACCAGCAUCGCGGAUGGAAAACUAAGGUUCUCGAUAUUACAUUCCCAGCGAACGAGGGUCCACCGGGUUACAUAGGCGGGUUGCGACGCGUCUGUGCCGAGGCGUAUGCGGCUGCCCAGAACGGCUACCAGCUGCUGGUGCUGUCGGAUCGUAAUGCGAGUGCCGAACGGGUCCCGAUCUCGUCCCUGCUCGCACUCGGCGCGGUCCAUCAUCAUCUCAUCGAGACGCGCCAGCGCAUGAAGGUUGGCCUGAUCGUGGAGACGGGCGAAGCGCGCGAAGUGCACCACGUCUGCGUACUGCUCGGUUACGGUGCCGACGCUAUCUGUCCCUAUCUGGUGUUCGAGAUGGCCGGUGCGCUACGUGACGAGUGCGUACUGGACCCGGCACUGACCGACGAUGCGAUUUACCGUGCGUAUGCCACGGCCGUCGAAACCGGAAUACUGAAGGUGAUGGCCAAAAUGGGUAUCUCCACGCUGCAAUCGUACAAGGGUGCGCAGAUUUUCGAAGCGGUCGGCAUGGGUGCGGAUGUGAUCGAUUUGUGCUUCCGUGGAACGCAAUCGCGCAUUGGCGGUGUUACGCUGGAGGUGUUGGCCCGCGAAGGCAUCGAGCGUCACGAGCUGGUGCACGGUACCAACCAUGCCGAUGCGAAAAUUCUGCGCAAUCCCGGUCAGUUCCACUGGCGUGCCGGCGGUGAAGGUCACAUCAAUGAGCCGGGCGCGAUCGCGGCCCUGCAGGAAGCGGCUGUGAACGAGAGCAAGGGUGCGUACGCGACCUUCCGCGACACGACCAUGCGCAGUGUGCAGCUGUGCACGCUUCGUGGCCAGUUGGAGUUUGUAAAGGGUCGUCCACGUGUCGAGCUGUCGGAGGUUGAACCCGCGAGCGAGAUUGUGAAACGUUUCGCUACAGGCGCAAUGAGCUUUGGCAGCAUUUCGCUCGAAGCUCACCAGACGCUGGCCAUCUCGAUGAAUCGCAUCGGCGGCAAGAGCAACACGGGCGAGGGUGGUGAGAAUGCGGAUCGUUACAUGAACCAGGACCCGCAGCACAACCGUCGUUCGGCCAUUAAGCAGGUCGCUUCGGGCCGGUUCGGUGUAACGGCGGCGUAUGUUGCCAAUGCUGAUGAUUUGCAGAUUAAGAUGGCGCAGGGCGCCAAGCCGGGUGAGGGCGGAGAGUUGCCCGGGUACAAGGUGUCCCAGGACAUUGCCGACACGCGCCAUUCGGUGCCGGGUGUGGGUUUGAUUUCACCUCCACCGCAUCACGACAUUUACUCGAUCGAGGAUUUGGCCGAGCUGAUUUACGAUCUGAAGUGUGCCAACCCCAAGGCGCGCAUUAGUGUGAAGCUCGUGUCGGAGGUGGGAGUUGGCGUGGUUGCCUCGGGCGUGGCGAAGGGCAAAGCGGAGCACAUUGUUAUCUCUGGCCAUGACGGGGGUACUGGUGCUAGCAGCUGGACCGGCAUUAAAUCGGCCGGUUUGCCCUGGGAGCUGGGAAUCGCUGAAACGCACCAGGUGCUUGUGCUUAACGAUCUGCGGUCAAGAGUGGUCGUCCAGGCUGAUGGACAGCUGCGUACGGGCUUCGACGUCGUCGUGGCAGCAUUGCUCGGUGCCGAUGAGUUCGGCUUCAGCACUGCACCCUUGAUCGUGAUGGGAUGCACGAUGAUGCGCAAGUGUCACCUGAACACUUGUCCGGUCGGUAUUGCAACGCAAGAUCCCGUGCUGCGAGCGAAGUUUGCUGGAAAACCGGAGCACGUGAUCAAUUACUUCUUCAUGCUUGCGGAAGAGAUUCGCGAGAUUAUGGCUGCGUUAGGGUUGCGCCGUUUCCAGGAGCUGAUCGGUCGUACCGAUCUGCUGAAGGUACGCGAAACGGUAUCGCACAAAGCAUCACUGCUCGAUCUGCAGAUGCUGCUGAAGAGUGCGCUGGAUUUGCGUCCCGGCACGAACAUCGUGGGCGGUUCGCUGCGUCAAGACUUUGUGCUGGAGAAGCGUGCCGACAACGAGCUGAUUAAGCGUGCGAUGGGUGUUAUUGAGGGCACCGAACCGCACAAGACGAUCGACAUGCGCAUCAACAACGAGGAGCGUGCGUUCUCGAGCACCCUGAGCUAUGAGAUCGCUCGGCGUUACGGCGACGCGGGUCUACCGGAGGGACGCUCGAUCACCAUCAACCUGACCGGGUCGGCUGGACAGAGCUUCGGCGCGUUCCUGGUGAAAGGCGUCAAGAUGACCCUGCAGGGCGAUGCCAACGAUUACGUCGGUAAAAGCCUGUCCGGCGGCACCAUCGUAAUCCGUCCACCGGAAGGCACUACGUUCGAAUCGCACCUGAACGUGAUCGUGGGCAAUGUGUGUCUGUACGGUGCUACCUCGGGACGCGCAUUCUUCCGUGGUAUUGCGGCUGAACGCUUCUGUGUGCGCAACUCCGGCGUAACGGCUGUAGUGGAGGGUGUCGGUGAUCACGGGUGCGAGUACAUGACCGGUGGGAUGGUAGUUAUUUUGGGUCUUACCGGUCGCAACUUUGCCGCCGGUAUGUCCGGUGGCAUCGCGUACGUGCUCGACACCGACGGAACCUUCCGGUCGAAGGUGAAUCCGGGCACGGUGGAGCUGCUAGGACUGGAGCUGGACGAAGACCGCCAAACGGUGAAGGAUUUGCUGCAGGAGUUCGUUAACGAGACGGGGUCGGAGGUGGCGAAGGAGCUGCUUUCCAAGUGGCCCGAACCGUGCCAACAGUUUGUGAAGGUAUUCCCGUACGAGUACCAGAAGGCACUGAGUGCACUGAAGGAGAAGGCGGUAGCGAAGGCAGUUACCACCAACGGACACCCGAAGGAACCGCAGGUGAAGGACAUUGAGGAAUCGGUCCAGGAUGGACAGCUGGCGAAGAAGAAGCUCGACCAAGUGUUGGACAAGACGCGCGGCUUCAUCAAGUACAAGCGUGAAACGUCGGUGUACCGCAACGCGGCCGAGCGUCAGCAGGACUGGAAGGAGGUGUUCAAUUUCCCGCAAGUUCGCUCGAACCUCAAGGUGCAGGCGGCCCGUUGCAUGGAGUGCGGUGUGCCAUUCUGCCAGUCGAACUCGCACGGCUGCCCGCUCGGAAACAUCAUUCCCAAGUGGAACGAUCUCGUGUUCAAUGGAAACUGGCGCGAGGCCAUCAACCAGCUGCUGCAGACGAACAAUUUCCCCGAGUUUACUGGCCGCGUCUGUCCGGCUCCGUGCGAGGGUGCCUGUGUGCUCGGUAUCUCCGAACCAGCCGUCACGAUCAAAAACAUCGAAUGUGCGAUCAUCGACCAUGCGUUCGAGCAGGGCUGGAUAACGCCGCAGGUGCCGCGCGUGCGCACAGGCAAACGGGUCGCGGUGGUUGGCUCGGGUCCGGCCGGUUUGGCCGCUGCACAGCAGCUGAACAAGGCGGGCCACCAGGUGACGGUGUUUGAGCGUAACGAUCGUCCCGGUGGGCUGCUGCAGUACGGCAUUCCCACGAUGAAGCUGUCGAAGGAGGUCGUACAGCGCCGGCUCGAUCUGAUGGUUGCGGAAGGGAUCGAGUUCCGCUGCAACGUGCACAUCGGGCGGGAUGUGAUGGGUUCGCAGCUGGAGCAGGAGUACGACGCGGUACUGUUUACGACCGGCGCUACCUGGCCGCGUGACCUGAACCUGCCGAACCGCGAUCUGAAGGGCAUUCACUUCGCAAUGGAAUUUCUAGAGGCGAGCCAGAAGAAGCUGAACGGUGCACGCCCGGAAUGGAUUUCGGCCGAGGGCAAGGAUGUGAUCGUGAUCGGGGGCGGUGAUACGGGUUGUGAUUGCAUUGCCACCUCGUUGCGCCAGGGAGCUAAAUCCAUCACGACGUUCGAGAUUCUACCCAUUCCGUCGGAGAAGCGUGCCCAGGACAACCCGUGGCCACAGUGGCCUCGCAUUUUCCGUGUCGACUACGGUCACGAGGAAGUACGUGUGAAAUGGGGCAAGGAUCCUCGCCAGUAUUCUACGACGACGAAGGAGUUUGUUAGCGAUGGCAACGGAAAUAUCAAGGGCGUCAACACGGUGCAGGUCGAAUGGACGAAAACACCUGCCGGCCAGUGGAGCAUGAAGGAGGUGCCCGGAUCGGAGAAAUACUACCCGGCUGACUUGAUCCUGCUGGCAAUGGGCUUCCUGGGUCCGGAGAAGCAAGCUCCAACCGAAAUGAAUUUGGAUUUGGAUGGCCGAGGCAAUAUUAAGACCACGAUCGGCAUGUACGGAACGGCCAAUCCGAAGGUGUUUGCUGCCGGUGACUGUCGCCGGGGACAAUCGCUCGUCGUGUGGGCCAUUUCGGAAGGACGGCAGGCGGCCAGACAGAUCGACACCUAUCUGAUGGGCAAACCGAGUGCACUGCCCGGGCCCGGUGGUGUCAUCGAUACCACCCGAUCUCCGAUUGCUGUUAACGCCUAAAUGGUGUGUCGUCUCCGUAAAGUACUCGGGUCACUUUUGUGUGAUUUGAGUGGUGGAGAAAAAGGGUCCCCUUUUUUUUCGUUAAUUAUUAUCGGAAUCACAGCCACAGCGAAGGAAGGAUGUGUUGUGGCAUAUUUAUUACGAUACGAGAGUAAGCUUAUUUCUUACUUGCUACCGUUGUGCUACCUUGUUUCGCUCGCCCCGAUGGCUUUUGCCACAGUGGCAAACAAUGUUAGGAGAAGCCAAGCACACAUUCAAACACAUAUAUGUUUUAAAAUAAGUAUGAUAUCACGCACAAUGGUAUGCAAUAGUACAGUAAACAAGGAACAGAUGAACAACUUUUAUGUUAAUGAAAUUAGUUAAGGUACCAGGUAUCUUUCACUGCUGCAAUUGUAGUAGUAGAGAGAGAGAGAGACACAGUGAGCAAACAAAUAAUAUGCAGACUGUUUUUGCUUUUCUUUUGGACAGGGAAAAAGUUUGUUAAAUCUUGAUCGGAAUAAGGGACGGUGGCAACACAAAACCGGCUGCAUUAUUCAGAGGUGAAUUUGCAAAACGAACGUGGUUGGAGAGAAGCACAUUGCAUUACUAGCUGAUUAUUUCGUCAUUCCUGUGCUUAUACACAACCACACACACACACUCAUACAGACUUCAAUUGCUACACUGUUUAAUUGUUUCUGCUAACCACCGUGCGUUCACGUCGUCGUGGCUUUCUUUUCUAUUCAAUAAUUCACCCCAGUCACCGUCCUUUGUCGAUGCGAUGAUUGUGCAGGGCAGUAAAGAGUGCAUUUUAAAGGAAUAGGUAAAUAUGGUAACACAUAAUCAGUAGCAUGAAAUCGAUUCCAGCCAUGUCAGAAAUCCUGCAGCUACUGCUGCUCGACGGCGACGGGUCUAAAGGCGAUAAAGCCUAGUCGCGCCGCGGCAAGCGUAGCUGUCGUGUGUAGGGCCACCCGCAAUGCAAGAAAGUAUAGCCGUGUGGGUAUUAAGAAAAGGCGCUUGAUGUCCCUCCGUUUUACCAUCAGGAGACCAAUGGUUAGGAUUUCUUAGCUGUGUUUUACUUUUAACCUGUAAGAGGGAGAGACUGGCGUAGCGCGAGGGUAGAGCAGCGUGUAGUGUGAAUUCUGUUAAAAGCUAAACUGUGUUUUAGCGUAAAGUAAAAGCAAAAGAAGUGCCGCGUGCCGUAUCAUCCCCCAUCCCGAGUGCCGUUUUCGUACCAUCCGAGAUCUGUGUUAUUGUAGGUUGCGCUUAGUGUUGCGCUAUAAAAUAAUAUCAGAAUAUUAGAGAGAAUGUUAAUGUUUUUUUGUUGGUUUUUGCUUUUCUUUUUUCGAAGAUUUUUUUUUUUUUGUUCGAGGAAGAACGCUAGUCUAGAAAAUAUAAUAUGUAUAUGUUCUUUUUUCUAUUUGGUUUUUAUUUUUAUCACAGUUUACGCCCCUUUAUCACAACACGCACACGCGCGAGCAAGGAAAAGGGCUUCGACAGAACAAAAACGCAACGUUAAACUUACCUCAAUCUAUAAUGUAUCUUGCAGCAACCCAGGUACCACCCGGUUCCGGUCGCUCAUGUACCGGACAUUUACCACUAUAUCAAUUUUAUUGCGAAUGCUCGCAAAUCCUAAAACAUUCGGAUCCCCAAGGAGAUUCGCCCGGCGUGGCCGGCCGUAUAUGUAUAUGUAUCCGGCCUUUUCGAAGUCAAUUAGACGACACAUUAUGUAGAGUACUCGUCACGUCCGUGUGAACUGUAAUCACUACUCCAUUUAGCGACAUUUCGUUUCAGCAAUCUAACGAAUUGUAUCGCACAAGAGUCAAGAAGAAAACACAAAAAUCGUUAUCCAAUCAUACAGGAAUGCGAAUCUUCCAGUGUAAAUGUUUGUGAGUUACUUUGCCACUAUAGGCGAACCACAGGAGCGAUGGAACGCACAGUCGAGCAAGGCGCGAAGAAGCUUCACAGGUGUUACAAGCCGAAGGGCUGAAUCCCAAAGGGAUCUGUCGUGCGGAACUUACCCCGUCGCGGGCGUGUUAUGACAAUAAUUAGCGUGGAAAAGUAUAAGAUUGAAUUACAGUGAGUUAUUAGUGCGCCGACUGGGGCUGUCUAAAGUGAAUGGCAAAACGAAAUUAUUAUAGAAGCGUUAUAACCGACUAUGAAGAAAUGAAAUGUUCCGAGCAUUAUUAUAAAACUAUACAUUGCAAACCAAACUAGAUACCCGCAGCUAGAUGUCCACAAUCGUUCACGUUCCUUCACUGGAAAGACAGAACUUAUACAACCACCACCCAACCACAGUCACGUGAGAACCCAUUAAUCCGACGAUGUGUCUAUUUACAAAUUGCAGCAUAAAUCAAUUAAAACAUAUGCAAUAUUUAAAGGAAAAAGCAUGAAACAAAAAUCAAAAUUCCAAUUCAAUUCCAACGGUUCGUGUGUGUGUGUGUUUGCCCGAACUUGGAAGAAAAAUCUACUCACACGUAUUUUAAAUCAUACAACACAACCAAGAAACAUUUAAAACUCAUACAUAAAACACACAAAACAAAACUUAUGAUUGUUGAAAAGAAAAGGGGAAAACCCGCGUCGAACAAGUUAAACCAUGGAAAACAAGAUGUGAAAACAAUCACACAUGGCAAAGGAAUGUUGUGCAGUGAGGAGAGAGAAAAAGCGUAUGGUUAUACUAAUUAUAUAUAUAUUAUACAAUUUACAUCGUUGUUAGUAUUUGUUGCGAAAAAGGCACAGUUACAACUGCGCUUAUGAUGUACAACACACGAAUGCUAAAACGUAUUGAAUGCUUAUACAGCUCUGGUUAAUGCUUAUCACCUAUACAGCGAUGACAACGAUGUGUUGCAAACUCUGAUGUAAACGCCUAGAAACAAAUUUGAUCAACUGAUCCCGCUCACCAAUUUAAGUGAAAAGCGGAAAACAAAAUUGUUGCAUUCUUCUACUGUGCACGUGGUGCCCUGGUAACCCCCCCCCCCCCCCCCCCCCCCCGUUCAGGCUGCUUGUUUUAGACAAACAUGAUGCUCAUGCAAAAUCGAUUAUCGAUCAGAAAACACAUAUUUAUUCUCUUAGAUUACGAAGCAAAACGCAUAAUAUCGAGUUGUUAAAUUGUUCUAAAACUGUGUGACGCUUUGAAAACUGCUGGUUUGGCAAGGAAAGACACUCAACUUAGAUAUAGCAAAUUGGGCAUGCCUGAGCGUAUGUUGCAUUGCAAACAUUUAUAUACAUAUAAAGGUAUAUCUAUAUACACGCAGCUGUACCGUAUCUUACAAUCCCGUUCAAUAAAUGUAGACAUUGAAAACUGGAA